UACUCGAUCAUCCCGGGGUCGAACGGGGCGGCGCGCACGGGCUUCUCCUUGGGACCCUCCAGCAGCUGCUUCCUCCGCGCAGCGUGGACGUUGGCGGCGGCGGCGGGCUUCUCCUUGUGAUUCUUCAGCAGCUGCUUCCACCGCGCAGCGCCAUCGGCGGCGGCGGGCUUCUCCUUGGGAUCCUUCAGCAGCUGCUUCCUCCGCGCAGCGCCGUCGGCGGCGGCGGGCUUCACCUUGGGAUCCUCCACCAGCUGCUUCUUCCGCGCAGCACCGGGGGCCGUGGCGGCGCCCCGUGGCUGCCUCCGCGUCCCCUGCACCUCGCCGCUCGCGUGACCCUCCCCCGCCACCACGAAGUUCUCCGCCACGCUCUCGCGACGCUGGGUCUGCAGCCUCCGGAUCCUGCUCCGCGUGGCAUCAAGGGACUUGCCGACGGAAGCGAGCAGCUCCCGGAGCGCGUCCUCCGACAUCCCGUCGAGCGGGCUCUCCCACGGCCCGAGCGCGGCGGCGAGGCCGCCCGCCCGCACCCCGGCCAGCCUGGACCCCUGCGCGUCGCGCACGCCCGCGAUGUAGCUGGCCUGAUCGAACGUGAUCCGGGCCUCCUUCGGGAGCUCGAGGAACUGACCCACCACCGCCCUCGCGGUCUCCGUCGACGGCCAGCACUGCAGGGCGCCCUGGCCGUCGAGGCCCGAGCAGAGCACCGCGACGGGCGCGUCGGCCAUCUCCGCGAGCUCCUUCGCCUUGUUCAUCAGCCCCGCCUUGCGCAUCUCGAGCGCCAUCCGCCGGUUGACGCCGACGGCGACGGGGAUCGCCGCGAUGGGCCUCGCCGGAGCCCCGCCCCUCCCCCUCCCCUUCCCACCAAGCGCACGCGGCAUUGCUCUAUCUCUCUCUCCUCCCAACUUUUCGUUUCUGCCUGUGUGAGCCGGCGACCCGACGGCGGCCGUGGGCUUCUUCUUGUACAGUGGGGAGGAGACGGGCUCAGAGUUGGGCUCGAAACGUUCUGCCAAAAGCACCCGAAACGGCCCAGCAAGUGUUGUUUCAUUUCAGUUCUGUUUCGGAGGAAAGGUCCAGAAGCGCCGCCGCCGCAACGACACGCUCCCUCCGGCAUGGCGCCGGCGUACCUGGCGACCAUCCCCGCGCUCCGGCGCGCGGCGCGGUGGGCCCCGUUGGCUCUGUUCUCUUCGGGGAUCGUCGCCGGCGACAAGCCCGUUCUGGUGCGCGAUUUCGUGAGGUCGGCGCUCUACGACCCCAACCACGGCUACUUCUCCAAGCGGUCGGGGCCCGUCGGCGUGCUCGACUCCGCCAUCCGCUUCCACAAGCUCGACGGGAGGACUGCGUACAUGAAGCAUCUUGAUAAGCUGUAUAAGAUGCAUGAUAUCUCUUGGUUCACUCCAGUGGAGCUUUUUAAGCCAUGGUAUGCCUAUGCAAUAGCUGCGUCAAUCCUUCGCACGGCUAAUCUUUCAGUCCCAUUGAAGAUAUUUGAAAUCGGAGGUGGAUCCGGGACAUGUGCAAAGUGCGUACUUGAUUACAUGAUGUUAAAUGCUCCGCCAAAAGUCUACAAUAAUAUGAAGUACAUCUCAGUAGAGAUUAGCUCCUCCCUUGCUGAAAAGCAGUUGGAAACUGUCGGUGAAGUUCAGAGCCAUUUGUCAAAGUUCACAGUGGAGCAUCGUGAUGCAACUGACAUAGCUGGAUGGGGCAGCAAGGAUCCUCAACCAUGCUGGGUGCUAAUGCUUGAGGUACUUGACAAUCUACCUCAUGACCUUGUCUAUUCACCAGAUCAGGUCUCUGCAUGGAUGGAGGUGUGGAUUGAAAAAGUAAAUGGCAGUUCACAAGUCUGUGAGGUCUACAAACCAUUGCAAGACCCAUUAGUUUCCCGCUGCAGUGAGAUUGUUGGCAUGAAUGAAGAGAAUCCAUCGUUGAGAGAAAAACUAUCAUUCGCUGCAAAAGGACUCGUCUCAAAAGUAUUCCCGAAGCCUCGGAGAGCUUGGUUACCAACCGGAUGUUUGAAACUACUGGAUACCUUGCAUCAAGCUUUGCCAAGUAUGUCCCUUAUUGCUUCAGACUUCAGUUAUCUUCCUGAUGUUAGCAUACCUGGCGAUAGAGCUCCAUUGGUUUCUUCAAAGGAUGGGAAAACCUUGGAUCAUCCCAACUAUCUUGAUGCACAGGGCGAUGCAGAUAUCUUCUUCCCAACCGAUUUCUUGCUGUUGGAGCAGAUCGACCACCACUGCUCUGGUUUCUUGAAGGACCAGAUGAACCGUGGUGCAUUUAAACCAGUGAAGAGCAGGAGAACAAUCAUACUUGAUUCGGCUGCCUUCAUGGAGGAGUUUGGGCUGCCACUGAAGACGAGGACCAAAGAUGGAUACAAUCCACUUCUUGAUGAUUUCAGGAACACAAAGUUCUAUCUUAGUGUGCCUACCCACAACAAGUAGUAGUCCAGCAUGCCUGCGUCGCUUCUUCUGUUUGCCAUGAGGCGCUGCAUUAGACGCCAGUGAAUACCUAAUAUGCAACUCAGUAAUCAAUUUGUCAGAGCAGGUUAUUUAUGUGUGUUUUUCCUGUAGAACACUGAAAUUCUUAGGUUGGUCAAAUUUUGUUUGAACUGACUUUUGGAAGUCAAAUUCUCUUAAUAAAAUAUGUUGCUGCC